AUGACGGCUGUUGCUCUACCCUCGAGGGAAGGCUGCGACAGCCAAACCAAACCCAGCCAUCUCCAAAAACACAGAGACCUGAGCCACCGGAGCCUGGCGCUGGCCCCGCCGCUGGAGCAGGCGCUGAGACAGUUUAAUCAGUCCGUGAGCAAUGAACUGAAUAUUGGUGUAGGUACUUCCUUCUGUUUCUGUACUGAUGGACAGCUGCACAUUAGGCAGGUUCUGCAUCCUGAAGCUUCCAAAAAGAAUAUCUUGUUGCCUGAAUGCUUCUACUCCUUUUUUGACUUGAGAAAAGAAUUCAAGAAGUGUUGCCCUGGCUCACCUGACAUUAGCAAACUUGAUGUUGCGGCCAUGACAGAAUAUCUAAAUCUUGGCAAGGGCAGCCCAGCGCUUCCAUAUGGAUCCUCUCAAGUUGAAGAUAUGGGGAAUAUUAUUUUAACGCUAAUAUCUGAACCAUACAAUCACAGGUUUUCAGAUCCAGAAAGAGUGAAUUACAAAUUUGAAAGUGGGCCUUGCAGCAAGAUGGAACUCGUGGACGAUAAUGCUGUAAUCCGAGCGAGAGGAUUACCAUGGCAGUCGUCUGACCAGGACAUAGCAAGAUUCUUCAAAGGCCUAAAUAUUGCUAAGGGAGGUGCUGCACUCUGUCUCAAUGCCCAAGGUAGGAGGAAUGGGGAGGCUCUCGUGAGGUUUGUAAGUGAAGAACAUAGAGAUCUAGCGCUACAAAGACACAAGCAUCACAUGGGGAAUCGAUACAUUGAGGUAUACAAGGCAACAGGUGAAGACUUCCUUAAAAUUGCAGGAGGCACUUCCAAUGAGGUUGCACAAUUCUUAUCGAAAGAAAACCAAGUGAUUGUCAGGAUGCGAGGUCUUCCCUUCAAUGUAACAACAGAAGAAGUGCUGACGUUCUUUGGCCAGCACUGCCCUGUAACAGGAGGAAAGGAGGGAGUCCUAUUUGUCACGUACCCUGACAGCAGGCCAACGGGGGAUGCCUUCGUGUUGUUUGCUUGUGAGGAAUAUGCACAAAAUGCACUGAAAAAGCAUAAGGACUUGCUGGGGAAAAGGUACAUUGAACUCUUCAGGAGCACUGCAGCAGAAGUUCAACAGGUGCUGAACAGGUACUCUUCCACACCUCUCAUUCCUCUCCCAACACCGCCCAUCCUUCCAGUAUUACCUCAGCAAUUUGUGCCUCCCACCAGUGUCAGAGACUGCAUACGUUUGCGUGGUCUUCCUUAUGCUGCCACUAUUGAGGACAUUCUGGAGUUCUUGGGGGAGUUUUCUGCAGAUAUUCGGACCCAUGGAGUUCACAUGGUACUAAAUCACCAGGGACGUCCAUCGGGAGAUGCUUUUAUUCAGAUGAAAUCUGCAGACCGAGCUUUUUUGGCUGCACAGAAAUGUCAUAAGAAGACUAUGAAGGACAGAUAUAUUGAAGUCUUUCAAUGUUCUGCUGAGGAGAUGAACUUUGUAUUAAUGGGGGGCACUUUAAAUCGAAAUGGCUUGUCCCCACCACCAUGCCUUUCACCCCCUUCCUACUCCUUUCCUGCUCCUGCUGCAGUUGUGCCGACAGAAGCUGCCCUAUAUCAGCCAUCCAUGCUUCUGAACCCGCGAACGCUGCAGCCCUCCGCAGCGUACUACCCUGCUGGGGCACAGCUCUUCAUGAACUACGCGGCCUACUAUCCCAGCAUGCAACAGAGGAUGGACUUGUAUACACAAAUGAUCCGGCCAGGACAGUGUCCAAAGAAUGGAUUUACAUUUAAAGGUCCCAGCAGUUAGACUUGCCUAGAGAAGGUUCCUCCAAACUUUCUGAUGUUUUGAACAAAUGCAGCAAGCCUAGAUGGAGAUUUUGAUUACAUUCCCAGUUUUACUACUGGUCAAGCCAGCUGUGCUGAAGAAAAAUCACCAGAGCUUUGGAACUCAGCAUAUGGACCUCUAACUUCUUAAAAGUUAAUGCACAAUUUUCACAGACACACAACCACUGUCAUCAGACCACUAAGCCCUUCACUGAGAGCACAGGUGAUGAAAUCGCUCAAGUCCUUGAGGGUUUCUUGUUGAUAAAGUAUUAAGCUGCUCUUAACACAGAAAUAACUUAUCCUGAAUCUACAGAGUCUAAUCUACUUUAUCUGAAAUAUAAAAAAGGCUUUUUACCUAAUUUUGCACUGUUUAAAGUUUUUAAAAUAUGUAUUUUAAGACCUC